GGUCAGAUGUGAGGUUUCAACCAAUAACUAAAAAAAUUAGUAACAAGCUGGUUCGUUGAAAGUUGAAUUACAAGUCAAAUGGAUAAGUUACAGAAAGAAUCAAUGAAACAUUGUCGCACUUCCUUUAUAAGUGUUUAAUUUACGUUCUUCCUUUCUAAAGUAACGACACUAUCACAUUGUGGUGUGUAGUAGAGCCAAAAAAGCAAUGAACCCUAAUAUGAAUCCCUUGGAUAGUAGUGGCGUCGAAAAGAGGCCACCGGAGGUCAGCCAAACUUUACAAAAUAUAACUGCGAUUCAGAAUACUCAAAACAUUGCUCCGAGUAGUGUUCCAAGUAUUCAGCCUCAGCAGACAAUUGUUGGUACAUCAUCUGCACUUCUUGGAAAAUCUGUAUCUCUGGAUCUUAAUCCAAAACUGUCUUUGAUGAAACCUCUCAGUCAACCUGGAAAUGUAUCAACAGAACAGAGCAAAAUUACUGCAACGUUAUGUCCUGUUGGUUCAACGGUAAGGAUAAUAUCUCCCGGGAUGUUAAACAGUGUGGAAAGGCAGAGGGACCAACCUCAGCAGACACCACAAAUCGUUUCAAGCAUACCUGCAACUUAUCAUGUGCCUCGAGGUCCAGCUGCAGUGGCUAACAUUUCGGCUCCUAGAUCUACGGUUGCUACUCCAAUUGUUAGAGCAAGUACUAGUCAGCCGGUACCGAUCUCAAGGCCUGGUCCAAAUACAACAUCGUCGAGCACACAGUGGCAGCCAAAAGCGACGUCUGUUGUAUACGCUACACAGCCUCAACGACACAUUGCCCCAGCUGUGAGUAGAGUUACGAAACCUGUGACUCCUGUGUAUUCAAGCCAGCAAACUAGACUAAUAACACCUCCGUCUGGGAGGCCAGUACAGGCUACUGUAGUUACGGGAGUUUCCUCUGCACCAGCUCGAUUGGUUGCACCAGUAUUACAAAGUAGUAGUACUAUUACUCGAAUACCAGUUACCCAGUCGAGACUGCCAAUACCGCAGAUCAACCUGACCCCACAGCUUGGAAGAUCCUUGGCUCAAACGAUCCCGACAAAUCAAACGAGCAGGCCAUUAACCACUCCUGGCACAGUCAAUCGAAUGACUGUAUCUGCACCUGUGAUGUCUACUACUAGUAGAAUAGCUACAACUGGAUCAAUUCAACCAAAUGUUGGGAGACAAUUGGCAAUCAAUACAGGUGUGAGCACACAAAGUGGAACCGUUAGUCGUAUAGUGAUUCCUCAACAACAGGUCCAGCAACAGCAACAACAACAUCAGCAACAACAACAGCCGCAACAGCCGCAACAAUGCUCGCCUCGUGUUGUUCAAACAGUAACUUCCCUUCCAAACAUUGGUGCAGUUGCUCGUGUCAUUACGACAACAGCAAAUGUCUCUGGUAUACCGAGAGGUACCCAGCAAAAUUCUCCAUCUGUUGCUCGGAUAUCUGGAAACGUUAUGCCUCUGCACCCUCUGCCAAUGUCUUCAACAAGAGUUAUGCCGGCUGUUGUGAAGACUACUCAACCAACAGCAUUAUCUCAAACUGUUCAGCUUAAAACUUCCACCCAACAACCUGGGCUAAGAGUUUCAACAAACACACCAAUCACUGGGUCCGGUGCGACGCAAUCUGUUCAAGGUCAAUACUUGCACUCCCCACAAUCCACUACUUAUUACUCAUUUGAAGCUUCUGGUGCAUAUCCUCAGUAUCGUCAAGCUUCUAUUCAACCGGUGAGACUUCUGGUUGAGCCAGGGUAUGAGGAGCCACAUGUUAAGCCUAACGCUUCGCCUAGACCAAGUAUAUUAAGAAAGCGAGACCAUGACAGUUCGCCUGCAAAAAGUGCAGCUAAGAAUUUAGUGCCAGUGUUGGCAUCUUUACCUCCAGCAGUACCAACCUCGAGUCCGCCGGGUUCUCCAAGAGGAGAUCGGGACCCUGGUGGUUGCCAGAGUUCUGGCUCUACGACGGUGUCAGCAACUUCAUCUCCUGGCCUGGAUGAAGAGCCUGAACAAUCGAGAAUCACUAUCAAUCCCACAGUUGAAAUGUCACCACGGAAAAAACCCCGUAAACAACAACUUACGGGUGUUGAAUUAACUGAACCAAGGUGUACCGAGGAGGAGAUGCAAUUUAUUACUGAAGAGAAGAUUAAGAAAGAAAUUAAAACAGAAAUGAAAGAUAAGGUGAAUCAUGAUAAAAAACAAUCUUCUAAUAAUCAGCAAGAUCAUUCGUUCAGUACUCAACAACAAACUUCUGUACCUGUCAGAAGCCGACCAACACCAUCAUUGUUAGGAUCAUCAUGGAAAAAUAGAUGCGAUAGCAGAUUACACCAUUAUCGAAGACCUAGUGACGUGCGCCCGCGAGAAGAGCGUAGACCAACAGUGGCUGAAUUGGCACAACAAAAACAUGUUCUGCAGAAAUUGAAUGGUUGGAAAGUGUAUCAUCUCACAACACAGAUGGAGGAUUUAGCAGAUCUUGAAAAACAAGUGCAUGAAAAAUUGAAGUCAACCUUGUCAAUGCUCGAGUCACAACAGGGUGGCCGAGGAAGGCAAGAGGAAGGAUUGGAGCGUGCCAAUGAAUUGAUAAAAGGAAAUAUGCAGCGGAGUAGCCUAAUUAGUGAGGGGAUGAAUGAGGCUCGCACGCAGCUUGUAGCAAUCUUUCAGCACAAAAGCCAUGUUACUGAGAUUUUGCAACGUUGCGGAAAUAAACGGGCUCAGAAAAAAAGAGACAAGUAAUUUUAACUUAAAACUGUAAGUUAUCUAUAUCAGAAUUGUUAAUACUAUAGAGAAGUAUAAGCUUCUUGAAGAAUGAGGUUCUAUUACAAUACCUAUUUUUAACUGUAUCGUAUAGAACCUAUAUUAUGUGAAAUAAAUAAAUGGUUUUAUAUGUGA